GCCUACCUUUCUUGCUUCCACUCUCUCGCAUCAUCAUCAUCACUGCUUCUACAUCUCCCUCCACACACAUACACACACAUAGGCGUCUUUGCGACGACUGCUUCACUCCUACUCUACCAACGUACCUAGCUUAGCUACACCACCGCAACCAUGGUCUCCGCCGCGUUCAACAAGGCCUUCGACGAGUCGAACAAGCUCGAGAAGAUGCCUGGCCAGGACGAGCUGCUUCAGCUCUACGCGCUCGCCAAGAUCGCCAAAGGCGAGGAAGUCGCCCAGGCCGGCAUGUUCGACCUCAAGGGCAAGGCCAAGUACAACGCCUGGAAGAAGGAGGUCGACGCCGGCGUCUCCGCGUCCGAUGCCGAGAAGCGCUACAUUGAGCUCGUCGAGACGCUCAAGGGCAAGUACGGCGUCAAGGCGUAGAGCCACCACCGUCAAGGCGUAGAACCGUCAGGGCGUAGAAGUCUAUGUCUAUGGCUACAUACGUGGGAGGGUUUUUUCUUUGCGCGUAAGAGCGCUGUAGAUGUAGGGGAGGACUACGGCGGCUCCACCUCUAUAUAUGCUUGAUGCGUCAUGCAUGAUGAUCAUGAUGGUUGGAUCUUUGGCAAUCCUUGGUGCGCUUUGCUGCGCUGUGCUG